GACUUUUACGUUAGUAGCGUUUAAUGUCAGCUGUUAUUGUGGAAAUAUGAGUACACUGGUGACCAAAUUAGACCACAAGUGGAUCAGUUUAACCUUCAGGCAACCUUGGAUAAACGCUAUGGUAGCUCUCAAGGUGCAUCUAUCCACACUUCCAUCAGAGCCUGUCAUCCCCUCUAAGAAGCCUUUCAAAGUGGAGCUGGUAGGUGGGAAACGUUACUCGUGGUGCACCUGUGGACACAGCAAGAAACAGCCUUUUUGCGAUGGAGCACACAAGACCAAAGCACAGGGCCUGUCCCCGUUACGCUUUGUCCCUGAGAAAGACACCACAGUUUGGUUGUGUGGUUGCAAGUACACAAACAACCCGCCUUACUGCGAUGGCACGCACAAGCAAGACUUCAUAGUGUCUGCCCCACUACAUGAACACACCGACUCCUAAACAAGGAUUGUUGCACUGAGAUGAGAGACGAACAGACAAACCUCAGCCGUGAUAUGGGAGAACAAAGUUGCCCUCUGGUUGUAGAGGCAGAGUAUAAAUAUUGGUCUCAUGCGUUUGUAGAUCAUGAAACACACACAUGAUGGACCAUGAAGUGUUUAUAUCCAGUGUUGACAGUAUUUCAAAACUGUUUGACAGAGGACUGUGGUGAUACAAAGCCCUUAACUUCAGUCCUCUGCUUUCUGUCUUUUAUAUGACAGAGAUUGUGUUACAUAAACAUUAGGGGUGGGUGAUCUGAUAUACUGUAAGAUGACAGAAAUGAGUCCACCAGUAGAGAUUUUGCUUCACCAUUAUACUGUAGUAUCUGUCUCUUUUUAAUAAACGGUUGUAAUGUCAUCCUGUAUGCAGCCAAAAAGUCUUUGGUAGUGCAGAAUACAGUUCACUCUAUAAAUGAGCAAACUGGCAGGAUCACAGACUCUCCACUGGAUAUAAACCCCAGAAAUGAUUAAUUAUUGGUGAGCUUUUGUUUGCACAAUUUUCUAAUCAGGUACACAAUCAAAUGCUACUGUUUGUAAUGGAUGAACCACUGCUGACUUAUAAACUCUCUGAUUUAAAAGUUGAAUAUUUCUUUUCAUGUUAAUGUGGAUUUCAGUGUUGAUCUAUAGUAUUUAUAUCUGGUUGCUGAAUAUCAAUAACUGUUACUGUACUAUCUGCCAUUGGACUUGUACAGUGAGAUGUUUUUAUUGAAGCUGUGAACCUGAAUUUGUACUGUCACUCUGUCACUUAGUAUUUCUAAUAAAAAGCAGCAUUUACAGAUCACAUAUUUGUGUGUGUCUACUGAUGAAAAGGUUGGAAAUCCCUAAAAUAAGGCAUGUACGAUGUUGGAAACAAGCACAAGACUUCUUAACAAUGCAGCACUUAAAGGAUGACUACACU